AUGAUGGAUGUGCAGCUAAACGAAUCGAGUAAGUGGCAGCGCGGACGCUUUCUGUCAACUCUCAACAGAAGUUUUCGAUUGGCAAGUGCCAAAGCAAGAAGUGUCAACAGUUCACCUACAGAGAGCAAGAGCUUUGAACAAAGUUUGGAUAUGACAUCGAAUGCAACGGGUUUGAAUCCGUCCAGUGAUGGUUCAUGUGCUUUGAGGCCUUUGGAGAUCGUGGCUCCUCGGAUAGACACGUACAGAUUCUCCAUGGCUAACCUGGAAGAGACACAAGAUGCCGACCUGGACGCGAUACUGGGGGAGCUUUGUGCACUCGACUCAGAAUACGAUGAAGAAAUAUCGAGGGUGUCAUCAGCUUUAUCUUCAACGUCGAAAUCUAGAGCUGAGGGGGCUGGAGAGAGCUCUCAGAGACCAGAUAAGGAGAGCGCUGAUGGUGCAUCCAGCAUUGCACGUACCGACUCCCCCGAUAAUGACUCAGCCUUUAGCGACACUGUGUCCAUGCUGUCCAGUGAGUCGUCGGCAUCCAGUAACACAAGCACGAAAUGUAAAUCAAUGAAACUGAAUCUUCAUCAGACGCCGAAGGACGCAAGCUUUCAACUUAAGGCUGACAAAAUAAAGUUAGCGCUGGAACGCAUGCGUGAGGCGAACAUCAAGAAAUUGUUCAUCAAAGCCUUCUCCAUGGAUGGAUCUUCCAAGAGUCUACUCGUCGACGAAAAGAUGACUUGCGGAUAUGUCACACGACUACUAGCAGACAAGAACCAUGUCACUAUGGAGCCGAAAUGGGCUAUAGUGGAACAUUUGCCUGAUCUGCAUAUGGAACGAGUCUAUGAAGACCACGAGAUGCUAGUCGACAAUUUAAUGCUGUGGACAAGAGAAUCGAAAAAUAAGAUUUUAUUCGCUGAGCGACCAGACAAGAUAUCUCUAUUCCAAACUCCAGAAAAGUUCCUCUUGACUGAGGACGACAGAGGUUGGUCCAGUGAACACGACGAGCACUCAAGACAAGUUAUCAUUGAAGAGUUCUUCGGACAAAGUGGAGGGACUACGAGCACAGUGCCGUCCGUUUCAGGUCAUCCAGUGCCUCCCAUGGAAGGGCCACUGUAUCUCAAGAAUGAUGCCAAAAAAGGAUGGAAGAAAAUAUACUGCGUCUUGAGACCGUCUGGACUGUACUACUCACCAAAGGAUAAGGUGAAAACUCUGAAAGAGCUGGUGUGUCUCGCUACAUUUGACACUAACGAAGUUUACAUAGGGUUGAACUGGAAGAAGAAAUACAAGUCGCCUACUGACCAUUGCUUCGCGAUCAAACACCCGAGGCUGCAGCAACCAAAGAGUGUUAAGUUUAUUAAGUUUCUGUGUGCUGAUGAUCAACGCACUCUCGAGAGAUGGGUGACUGCCAUGCGCAUUGCAAAGCAUGGAAGACAAUUAUUGGAGAACUAUCGUUCAUUGGUAGAAGAACUGACUCAAGAAGAUCUCGACCACCUUGCUCAUGCCCGCUCAUGUUCAAUCACUUCUAUACCAACAAAGACGAACGGUAUGCCGGCGCUAGGUAUCAACAGUCCGGCUCAGUCGACUUCCAGCAACGCGAGUGUCGCCAAUUCCGACAUCAGUAGCGGCAGACACUCCCGCGCAUCGUCGUCCAGUUCGAGCGGAUGUCUAUCCGACGGCGGCACCGCUUCCGAAAGUGCUUUCGACUGCGAAUUUCCUAUGGGUACGAUAAAACGCAAGCCCUCAAUGAAGCCUAACAUACCACUCACUUGGAUGACGCGUCAAUUGAAAGAGAUGGUGGAAAAAGGUGGUGAUUGCGGUGCAGAAGACGAGGGAGGUGGUGACUCGGGUACUUUGACCCGGCGACCUCGCUCCUCGCGCACUGAUGACUCCACGCUAAAAAGACAUCAUACCAUCGACUCUACAGAAACAAUAGUAUACAGCAGCACGACAAACAGUCGUCUGAGUAACACUGGCAGUCCAGUUCGCCACGAGCCUCCCUCUCCCACGUAUGGUCACUACGAGAGCAUUCCUCGCGACAAUAUCUACCGCAACAGCUCUGAUAGCGGUUCUGCUUUAUACGGAUACACGGCUAUUUACGACAAAGUGCAAAGACCACCCGCUGUUACAACCGUUGAGGAUUUGCCUCCGCCUCCACCUCCAACUGAUGAUGUUCCCGAUGGAAUGUUCAGCUCAACACUAAGUCUGGACUCACUGCCGCCCCCGCCGCCUCCUCUUGAACCAAUCGAGGAUCUCACUGGCUCCCAACUCAGCUUGCCGCCUCCUCCACCAGAACACACUAUGGAAGCACACACUGCUGCUGGCCGCGUCCACGACAUCGUGAAUCAGCUGACGGCGCAACAAGUCGAGCAAGCAGCCCGUGCCGGCCAAUCCCGAGUCACUGCUCGCUCUUCUGAGCACAGCCGCACGUUCCCGCGCCAACCAUCGCUCGACAGCGUACACUCGGAAGCAUCCCGAACAUCGUCCCUUCAUUCCGACAAAAGUAUCUAUGGCCAACAAAACGUAGCGUAUGGUGCCUGUCUAGCCGAACUACAGACGAAGAAAAUAAGUAAUGGCAGUCCUUCUAUUCAAAAGAAGUUAACCACCGAGCCCUCUAAAGAACGCACCGGAUCUAUGAAAAAAGUAAAUUUUGCUGAUGACCUACCUACUUGUUCCGACACUAAAAAGACUAAGAAAAUAUCGUUCAAUUUAAAAGAACAACCGCCGUUGUCACCUAGGAAACCACCACCACCAAAACGAAAUGAAAGCACCAGAUUAUCCUCGCCAAAGAAAUUAGCGGAUUCUAACAGCAAUCCACCAAAAGAGUUCCUUCGAGAUUUGCAGAGAGUAAUGAGAAAGAAAUGGCAAGUAGCACAAAAGUGCAAACUGGAACCAGCUACUACGCCACACGAAGUUCUGGGUUUUAGAGAAUAUCCGUUAUCUGAGGACUAUAAGGAGACAAGUGUAUCGAUGUGGGUUCAAGAACAUUACGGCGGCGGAGUUGAGGACCCAUUCUAUGAGAACGUGUUCGGUCGUGAUCCUCCGCCGCGCCGAGAGGAACCGAAGCCCAUUAAGAAACGGCCCCCGCCAGCCCCGCCGCGCCGCAGCGAGUCCACGCAUCUGUCCACUCACCCGCACGCUCCCCCGGCGCAGCCCACCGUCUGA